CCGUGGCGGUGGGGCUGGUGUUCGGCGGCUGCUGCAGCAACGUGGUGUUCCUGGAGCUGCUGGCCAGGCAGUUCCCAGGAUGUGGGAACAUUGUGACCUUCUCCCAGUUCCUGUUCAUCGCGGUGGAAGGUUUUAUCUUCGAGGCCAACUUUGGGAGGAAGCGCCCGGCCAUCCCCAUCAGGAACUAUUUCAUCAUGGUGGCCAUGUUCUUCACCGUCAGCGUGGUCAAUAACUACGCCCUGAACCUGAACAUCGCCAUGCCGCUGCACAUGAUCUUCCGCUCGGGUUCUCUCAUAGCAAGCAUGGCUCUAGGGAUCAUCAUCCUGAAGAAAAGGUACAGCGUGUCAAAAUACACCUCCAUAGCCCUGGUGUCCCUGGGCAUCUUCACCUGCACUUUGAUGUCUGCAAAGCAAGUGGCAUCUGAUUCCAGCUUAAACCAAGAGGAUGGACCCCAGGCUUUCCUCUGGUGGAUGCUGGGUAUUGCUGCCCUUACCUUCGCCCUGCUGAUGUCUGCCAGGAUGGGAAUUUUCCAGGAGACGCUCUACCAGAAAUUUGGGAAGCACUCCAAGGAGGCCCUGUUCUACAAUCACGCGUUGCCACUCCCUGGAUUCCUGCUCCUGGCUCCCAACAUUUACCAGCACGCUGUGCUCUUCAACCAGUCUGAGCUGUUCCAGGUGCCGGUGAUAGGCCUGACCCUGCCAAUCAUGUGGUUCUACCUCCUCAUGAACGUCAUCACCCAGUACGUCUGCAUCCGCGGCGUCUUCAUCCUGACCACGGAGUGCACGUCCCUCACCGUCACCCUGGUGGUGACGCUCCGCAAGUUCGUCAGCCUCAUCUUCUCCAUCCUCUACUUCCAGAACCCCUUCACGGGGUGGCACUGGCUGGGCACUGCCUUCGUCUUCGUGGGCACCCUGAUGUACACCGAGGUGUGGAACAGCCUCGGGCCCUUCCUGGCCCGCUGCCGGAGGAGGAGGAGGCCCAAGGAGGAGUGAAUCCAGGGAUUUUCUGCAGGGACCUUUUUGUUGUUUUCCAGAGCAGAGCAGCAGGGAGCCCCCCCCUCCUCCCCCAGGGGGUGUUUUUAUAGCAGGUGUUGGCUGUGCCAAGCUCCUGGGAAAAUGGGGAGCCUCCGCUGGGAACUUGGGGAACGGAUCAUGGAGAAACAAUCCGGUUAUUUUUUGCCAGUCGGUAUUUUUUAUGCCACCCCUCUUGCUUCCAGUUUUUCCUCCUGUUUGGUUUUUCCUUUUCAUGUUGGUUUGUUUUUUUUUUUCCCAUUGGAAUAACCCUUUUUAAGGAAAAGCUGACUCAGAGCUUUGCUGGGAGCCCAACUUUUCGUGCUGCUGGCUCGGAUCAGCUGGACCCUGAGCCAGUUUGGUGCCGUCCUUUAAUUGUCCCAGUGUCUGGAGCUGAUGGCUGAGCCCCAUUCCUGUGGGAAUCCCUUAUCCCUGUGCUGGGAGGAUGUGGGAUACAGCCUGGAGCUUCCAGUCUGCCCAGUGGAUCCUGAGAGGGCUGGGUUUACUCUCCCAGUUCUCCUCCCAUCCCUUGGGAUCAGCUUCCUCAUGGCUUUUGUGUCAGCCUGGCACAGGCGGGGAAACACCAGAGCUGUACCUGAACGUCCACGGGUGUUUUAUCAGGGAUUGUUUUAUCCAGGGAUUGUUGGAUCCAGGGAUUGUGUUAUCCAGGGAUUGUUGGAUCCAGGGAUUGUUGGAUCCAGGGAUUGUUUUAUCCAGGGAUUGUUGGAUCCAGGGAUUGUUGGAUCCAGGGAUUGUUGGAUCCAGGGAUUUUUGGAUCCAGGGAUUGUUGGAUCCAGGCACUGAGCAGAGCUGACACGGAGCUGCUCCCAGCUGUAACAUUCUGUGCAUACUCUGGGUCACUCUUCCACUCCAGGAACUUGCAUGUUGUUCCCAAUUCCCGUGGGAUGCGGGAAUGUUUGGGGAAUUCGGGCAUUCCCGUUUUUUUUAACCAUGUGCUUUUCACUCCCAACACAUCAGCCGUGGGUUGUUUGUUCCCAUUGGGGGGAUUUUUUUAACUUCCCGGCAUGAUCAAUGUGUUUGAAAUAUUUAUGGAGUCACAGGAGUGGCAGCAAUUCCCUUCCUGCUGGAGGACAGAGGAGGAAAGGUCCAGGCAGAAGGGCCUUGUUAGCCAAAAUUAAUUAAAUCCAGGCUCCCCCUCCAGGCCGGGGGCGCUGAUUAGUUGAGUUUUAAUGUUUGUGUAGAGAUCAGAGCACCUGUUUUUUUAGCAGAGGCUGGAAAAGGGAAGGAGCCUGACUGCCUUUGCGGUGGCUGGUUGGGUUUAGGUUGGGGUUUGAGUUGGUUUUUUUUUUAAAGAGAAAUAAAUCUGUAUCCUCUUCAAAGGCU